AGUGUCUAAGCACACGUCCCGGGCUUACCCGCGUAGUACUUGUUCACAGCUGAGAUCGUACGGCAGGAAAUUGUAUCGCUGAUAAGCAUCUUGUUACCAGUGGCACCAAACAGUGAUUGUGCCUUGGCGAAUCUAACGGAUCUUGUGAUCGCUCUGUUCCGUAUAGAACGAUCCUCUCAUACACGUUGGGAGGACUGGUUUUUCGUGAAUUCAUACGACAUUUUAGUAGGCUUCUGACGUUGACGUCUAAAGUCAGCCUGACAGUGAGCGAAUGGGGAAUUCCCAAAACCUCUUGCCGUCGAAAUUCUAAACUUGUGUGGUGAUAUUUUUCUUGUUGGCAAGUUACUUGCCUCCUGACACAUCAUAGUACUACCCCUGUUUUUGAAUGGUGUUGAUUAAAAUGAAGAAUAAACGAUUCAAUGUGUUUGUAUGGGGAUUAAACUGAAGUGAAGUGAUUAUUGUUGUGUGUUGCUAGCGUGUGAUCGACCGUUGCAAACUGAGUGGUUUUGUCGACCUUCUUCCUACCCAUCAUUUCCAUAAUUUCUCAUCGUGCGUCAUCGUGCGAGAUAUAGGCAGAAUAACAAGUGAACCAUACUGAGAAGAAUAACUCACCCGUGGGAGAUAAACAUUUGCCAACAAAAGUGAAGGACCAGAAAAAGAAACAGUCCCAAUAGAGUGUGGGGAACAAGGGGAAAAAGCAUACGGAGGUUCCUCUUCCUUUACAUGAUUGACAGUAAGGGGCACUGUCCCGACGACAUCUUGACCAUCGUCAGCAUCCGAUCGUACUACUGUUUGCACCCGGCAGCAGUGGUGCAGAGCGUUGUUGUGGUUGUCCUGCUUUCCGCGCGCCACCGCGAACAGGACGCAACCAUUCGUCGCCGAACCGUCAGUGCACAGGAAGCGUUCUUCAAGGAGAGCGUUACAUGAGCGUCCAUACGCAGUGUUUGGUGAACUGAUACUGUGAUCUGAAUGAUACUGUGAACCUAAGCAUAGAGAUUCUGAGUGUACAGUUGAAAGUGUGCCGAAAGCAGUUAUUGUACCCUAAUUCUGUGUACAAUCGUCAAAAAACAAGUCGUGAAGGAGUUCAAGGAUAUUCAUAUACAAGGCGGAGGGGGUCGAUCAUUGCCCGUACGAACGCCUGCCCUUUAGUCUGGUGCGGCUAGUUCCAACCUCUAUGGAGUUUCAGCUAGACAGCGCAGAAUACUGCCAGGCACAACACAAAUAAGCGAAAGGCGCGCUUUUUCCCUGCCACCACCACCAUCAUCAUCACCAUCACCACCGCCGCCGCCGACGCCGCCCAUCGCCGCCCCAUACCUCCCGGGAAAGAAGGAUAAUCGAGCUGGAGAAAGUUGUAGCUGCUUUAGCUGGACGAGAGAGCGAGUGUGUGCUGGACGAAAGAGUGUGAUAGAGAGAGCGAGAGGGCGUGUGUGGAGGUAGAAAGCGAGCAAGGCGAGGAGAUCCUCCCGUGAAAGCGCGAAUGGUGGUUGCUGCGUAAGGAAGGAGGUCUCGCGCAAGAUCUGAAACAUACACACACACACAAGCCACCCGGGUAGCGAAGCUUUUGAAUGAGAAGCCCCGAGCUGGAGCGUACAUUGGAGAAGAAAGUGCUGCACGUCGUAGCGAAGCAUCGUCGCCAGCAGAAGGAAGAAUUGCACACGAGCGGUGUUUAUUCAUUGCCGUAGCCGCCGACACCGUAAGCACCCUCCAACCAAGUGUGAGCGUGUGUGUCUGUGUGUUGGUUACACCCUCCUCCCACACGGACACGCGUGUAGAGGUCCUUGCUAGAGGAGAAAAGCAAAAAUAGACACAAAAUCGGAAAGGAAGCCACGGGAGCAAAAGCAUCGUCAUCAUCAUCAUCACCACGAUCAUUAUCGUCAUUACCUCCAUCAUCAACGCGCAGUGUGCGGCAGGGAGAGUAUUGGGUCAGUCAGUGGACGGAGUGAGAUCGUCCAAACUCUUAUAUCCAUCCCGCAUCCUCCAUAUCGCCCCAAUCCUCUAUGUGAGGGAUUAGCUUAGCGUUAUUCGAGCAUCAUACGUUUUCACAACUUACGUUGCGCGUCGCUUUUCCCGAUCGGAAAGAACUGUUUUGUUGGUUUGGAGAGAACCGAAAACGCAUCCCCAACGUGUGCCAUCCCUUCAUCGCCUGGUGGAGAGUGCACUUGCCCGGAUUCUGGAUUCGCUUUAUGAUCGAUGUGUAUGUGAGUGUGUGUGUGUGUGCUUUAAAUAAUCCCAUCGUUUGCUGCUGCGUGUGUGUGUGUGGCUCUUUACAACGUUGUGUGCGAGGCGUUUCGUUGCACGUUCUGCAAGAACAAACUACGCUGCUGCAAGUGGACAACCAUCUUCGACAACUGCAAGCAAAACUCGGCGGCAGAAAACAACAUAUUGAGACUGAUUGUAAAAUAGAUCUAUUAAGAAUAGUAAACAAACAAGCAAAAACCUUCAAUCCAUUAUCAUCCAGCCAGCCGGCGACAAAGUGCAGUGAUUGAGCCAGGAGGGGGCGGUACGCGGUGUACUACCCUCGCAAAGACGUCGUGCGAUCGUUCGUAUACAGACGCACUCGCACAGGAUAAGAUUAUAUUCUUUGGAGGCAAAAGAACACAGCUAAAAACAAUCCCCCAACAACACACAAGCGCCAACAUCAUCCUGACCAACGUGAACGUAAACGAAGUCCUUAGACACAACAACAAGCGACCCUUCUGCUCGUCUCGUGAUCCCCCUUACAUCGGACCCGUUUCUAUCGAGGGAGGAAAGGAGAGCGAAACAACACACUAUUCCACCGAAAUUUUGGCCGACGAUUUAGCCGACGUCGCGAUAUAGUCAAAACGAAACAACUGAUUAACCAGUAGCGUAGCAGCUUCCUGAGAGCAACCGUUUGAACUCGUGCAGUCUGCUGGGUUUCUGAUGAAUAUAAAUGUUUCGAUUGAAAACUACUUUUAGAUACGUGUUUCAAGCUUUACUGUGAGGCGGACAAAUUUGUCACUUUUUUAUAACCAACCUACUACUAACGCGUCGAAAGAUUGCGCCCGCGCAAGCUGCUGCAUCUGCUGCCUGCUAAUUCCGUCACCGUUCGGCUCCGUAGCCAAUCAGCCAGGUGUGUGUUUUCGGAAGAACGCCUGCGGCUGCAACACAACCCUGAUCAGAUAAAAGAUAAGCACGUGUGUCUGUGUAUUUAAAGCGUCGUGGAAGAAAAUAAGAUAAUUCACCGGCACCAGGCGGCACAGACUCCAGAGUGCUCGCAUCAGCGUGGUGGUGGUUAUCAGCGAAAACAGAUUCUACCUGUGCUUGCUGCGUAAAAGUUACUGUGUUACUCCGUUCAACGCUGUUGUGACUUAAUAACGGAGCAUACCAUACCUAAGCCGAGCAAAGCAACGGUUGCUACGUUAAAUUGUGCUUGCAAUACUUCCAAUACACCGCACAGCGCCCGAGUGAUUCUGCUGACUGUGUGCACAGGAGCAUACACAAAUUACCGUAAAAAAGUAAUAUCCAUCGUUUCGAUCCUGGUUGCUGGUCAAGUGACAACCUCUUCCCGUCAGGCAUCAGGCAUCUCGGAGAAAGCACAGCUACCCCAGCACUACAAGACCGGUGAAAAGAUAAGAUAAUACACACACGGGUGGUGCGUCUGGAAUAUACAACAAGCUCUCGUUCUGCGGCUAAAAGUUGCAAAACAGAUCGGCAAAAGCAGCACACUGCAUCUUUUGUGUCAACCAUCCCCAAAAUCAACCGUUAAAGCCAACCGGGCGCAAGAGAUAAAGGAAGGAAAAAAGGCACGCGAAAAAGAUUGUGAUAAGAGAAUUUUAAGUUGUUUUUUGUUUUAAGUGGACCACAUCAUCCAUCCCCCCGGUGUGCCGCGUCCCCAUUGAAGCGGUGUGCGGGCAGAAGCUUUCUGGUUUCGGCCUUCUUUUUAAACGUAUAUUAGUUUGUACUUGUGAUGAAAAUUGUAUCUAUUCGGAAGCAGUAACAUUGUAUAGCGCGCGCACCACAGUCAUUGAAGAAGAAGCAUCGGAGAGAGGAGGUUGAGGUUGAGAUAGCAACGCGCUGUGAAGGAGCGAUUGUUGUGCGAUUGUGUUGUAAGGCGUCGUUAGUUUUUUGUUUCCACCCCGUUUCCGUCUAUAAGACCCCACCCUCAGAAAAACCGCACCAGUGAACAGACGCUCUCCCUGCGUAAGCUCGCGGCUCGUCUACCCCGUCGGUUGUAAAAAGCGGCUAUUACCUUUCGUAGUCGUGUGCAGGAGAGCUUUUUAUGACAACCGUCAUCAUGCGCCAGAAGGACAUCAGACCCGCACCGGCGCGGAUCGAGUUUAAGGGAAUGAAAUUCCUGAUCACCGAUCGGCCCUCGGAUGCAACCAUUCUAUCGUACAUUGCUGAGCUGAAGAAACAUAACGUCUCGAUUGUGGUGCGCGUGUGCGAGCCAAGCUACAAGAUCGAGGAGCUGGCCAACCACGGUAUCAUCGUGCGCGAUCUAGCGUUCGAGGAUGGUACCUUCCCGCCGAACGAGAUCGUGAUGGAAUGGUUCGAGAUCCUGAAGCAAAACUUUCUGUACAGAUUCCAGGAAGAUCCGGAAGCGUGCGUGGCGGUCCAUUGUGUGGCAGGGCUGGGCCGGGCACCGGUGCUAGUGGCACUGGCUUUGAUCGAACUAGGACUUAAGUACGAGGCAGCUGUAGAAUUGAUUAGAGAUAAACGAAGAGGUGCUAUUAAUGCCAAACAACUAUCUUACCUAGAAAAGUAUAAGCCCAAGUCACGGUUAAAGCACAAAAACGGCCACAAGAACUCGUGCUGCGUGCAAUAAAACUAUCAAAAUUCCCACCAGUUAAAGUGUUCAUUUUAAGCAAGUGACAGCAAGAGAGAGCGAGAGAGAGCGUGAGAGAUAUAAACAUAUAAACUUGAUAUGGCGUGAAGGAGCGCAGAGUAUCGAAACGCGAAAGAAGGGACAAUUUCGUGGGGAAAAGAAGAGACACAGACAGACAGACAGACAGACAGUAUGAAACAGUGAAGAAACAAGGAACAAGGUUACUCAACAACACAAACACACAUACAUACACCUUAAACAGUGUGAGACACAAGGCUUUAUGUUUUACAAAACCAUGCCUCGAAGGGGUUGUUCGCUGCGUGUGUGAAUUGUGGAUUGAGGCGAAGCAAAAAAAAGGCUCAUGCCGAGGUCGGUAUCUAACGUUGGCGGGCCAGAACUGCCAGGGGUAUUGGAUGAAAAAAAAAAAAAAUACUGUGAGAAAUGGGAAAGCAAAUGCGGGAGAGCUUUAUGCCGAAUGGAACAUCCUGUGCUAGCGGGUCGAGUAAGUAACAUCGCAGGUUAAGUAACUGCAAAGCAAUGGAAAGAAAACUUGGAAAGCUUCCUUAUCACACCACAGCCCAUAAACAAUGCUCUAUUAAUUAACGUUAACUUUUCAUUACUGCUAUUGAAUUAAAAAAAAGUAAACAUUCUGUUGUUCUUUUAAAAAGAAUCGUACACACCAAGAAGCAAGUGAAGGUUAGCUUACUGCUGCCGGUUUAACUAUUGCUGUAUUAGGUUCUUUCCAUCGUUUGACUUCUGAAAUUGAGACUUAAUUGUAAAUCUGCAAACAAAUCAUCUUUCCCCUUGCAGUUCGUUCGGUUGCCGGCGUUAGAUACAGUCGGCACGUACCAUGAUUCACUUGGAGCACGACAAGCCACGACUACUAACCUCCCCCCUCGUAGCAAGGAGUGGAUUUUGAAAUAGAAAUUGUAUCAAGUACUUUUUAGGUUAUUGGUUUUAGAAAAAAAGGGGGCUGCGCACUAGCCGUGGUGUCCCUGCUGCCCUUCUUUUAUGUUUUUGCUCUAUUACUGGAGGGAAACACGUACACGUGGACAGCGACACUGUAUGAUCAUAGUUCGCCGACGCGCCCAGUGUCUGUGUGUCGGACCGUAGAUCAUUAUUAAUAUAUUGUAAUAAAUUAAAUAAUUCAAACUAGAGAAAGAGAUACGGGGGAUAGGGAGUAGGCGAAAGCAGGAGAGUGAAACGGAGGAUAAUGGUUGAUUUUGUGAGCGCUGACACGCGUGCUUGGAGAGGAAAGCAAUGGUACUACACAAAAAGGCCCCUCUUGGUGGCCAUCUAAACGACGCACUGUAACACUCUAACAAUCAGCUUGAGAUCCCAUCAAAGUGUGUGCGUGCGUGUUAUCCAGUUGAUUAGGCGACCAUUAUCACACGCGUCCUUUUCUUGGUUGUCGGGUUGUACAAAAAAACUCCAAGCGAGAGAGAGAUCACCAACAACGCUAACGUGAAACACAGACACACACUGUACGAUAUGUGAUUGAAUUCGAUUUCCUAAUUUUUGCGUACUCUAUUUAUUAAACAAGAAAGCAAGGAACAACGGCGACAAACUUUACUGCAAUGAAUAAUGUUGUGAAUCGAUGAGAUAAAACCAAAUAACACAAUAGCACUGGGGAAAGGCACUCGGAGGGAAUGCGAACAACGGGCCUAAUAUUCGCUACAUCCUACAAACACACACAUGCUCACCAAUUUGCAUUCGUCACAGGCGUUACAAUAGCAGAAUGGAUCCGAUUUACCAUACCAUUUUUCCGAACUAUGGCUAUCCACACACGUAUACGGCAUGCUGGCGACUGACAGAGUUGAAUGUUUUUUUUUAAACAACCGAAGGCUUUACAUUACAAACCAUACCAAACCAGCACGCAUCAACGUGUGUGCGUCAACAAUAGCAAAUUUAAUAGUAAGACAUUUGUUACUUUUAGAACUUGUUUUUAGAAUGGCUCUUACAAAACAAAACAAAAAAACAAGGAUCGUGCAAUAAUGGCUUUUGUAGAUUUAGCUCGUCCGGUUUCACAGGCAGUGAAACACAGCACAAGGACACCAGAUUUGUCUCUGUUUUCGUUUGCCAUUAGUUUUAAUUCAGCUGCGACGGGCAACAUCCUAAACAGCUUCGACGCGCUCCCCCUACACGCAAAGAACUCUGAAACGCUGUGAUCGUAGCGAUAUAUGAUCCCCACACCAAGAGCCCCACCCCACAUAGAACAAGCUUUUAGUUAAAUUAUAAUAGUCAAUACCCUAACGCGCACGGUCGCAGUCCGGGUUUCUUCCCAAUAAGCGCUUUAGUUCAAUUUUGUUCGUUCCGACAAUAGACGGUUCUCCUGCCGUGUGGCGCCUGGUCCUUAUAGUUUGGCCGUCCGUCACUGCUCCGGAGGAGGCACGUUCCGAGAAUUGGCCACUGUGCGCGCGCACUGCAUUAUGUCGACCAUUCCACCGUUUUCGUUAGUUAGCUAAUCAUCAAUAUAAGGUAGCGUGGACAGGCGCGCGACGUUCGCUCCUCCACAACCUCUCUCCAACCCCGCAAGAUAUCAAUAAUUUAUUUUCCUUAUAUAGCAUAGAAACAACCCGUAACUCAAGUUAAGCCCAAGAUACACACGAUCUUCAAGCUCCUAGACGUUUUUGUUUUGUUUUAAGUAUUUCACAACUCUGUUUCACAAACACAAUCGCCGUACGUGUCGUCGCCCUAAAAACAUGCCAAUGCAAAACCAAAAGCCAGCCUAACACAGCUUUGUAUAGCCGAAGAGAGAACUAUGUUAGGUCCAAUUGUUUCCUUUCAACAUUUACAGGGUUUUCCAAUGGUUCUCAUAGUUGUGUGACACUUCUUUGUCUCUUUUUCUAUUGGAAGUGAACUUCAUAGCAACGUUUUGGGACAGGGGAAUUCCUAUUGGAUUUGUCCGACUUGGCCGCUAUAGAGUCCAAUUCCCACUGCAUUAAGUUCAUUUCACGUAAGAAGGAGUCAAUAAAAGGGGGGUCCCACAGCUACUGAUAACUCCUGGAAAGCCCUGUAUUCAUAAAAACGCCUGUGAUGAGCAUCCGUACGUAUCCUCUAAACCGCUUUAGCAAUGCAAUCUCUUUCCGUUGUAAACUCACGUUGGGCAAGAAGUGAACCUUCUCUUCGAUGAUUUUAACGAGCUCUUUUGCAGUGUUUUAUGUUUCGAACGAUUGCUUUGGAGCAAUUUCUUGCCAAAAUUCAUUAUUGUAUUGUAUUGUACACUAUUGGAAAACAAUUGUUACAUCUUUUUAAGUACGUCAAGUGAAAUUAAUAUCGGAAAAAGAACUAUUAAAGUUUGUGUAGCGUUUGCGUUGUGCCCAAGAAGGAAGCUAACAGUGUUAAUGGAACAGAUAGGGCUGAACACGUUUGCUUGCUAAUCAAGCCUUUUCCAUUCCUUUCUUUUGUCAAUUCUUUUCUCAUUUUCGUAUACUUUACCGGUCGCCUUCGGGUUAAUAUGCUCAAAAACCACUUUAUUACCAAUGAGUCAACGCGUGUGAAUGUGGCCACAAUUUUUCUGUGAUACUAUAAAAACAACCAUUAUAGAGGGAAAGUGAGAGAGAGAGAGGGACAAAGAGUUGUCACGAAGAGACGACCCCAACCAUUACUAAAAGCUGCGGAACAGAAUUUGCCUACGUGGUAGUAGAUACUUAUUUGUUUUAAAGGUACAAAAUAACAGUUUGGUUACUUCCAAGUGCGACCUCUUUUCAUGGUAUGGUUUUGAGUGUAUGUUUCUUUGAAAAAUAAUCAUCAUUUGUUCCGUGCAGUGAAGAGGGACUCUCAGUCACUGCCAAAAAAACAAAAAUGCAUCCCUUGGGCACAUUGAAACGCCAUUCCGCUUACGCAAAGUAAAACACGUGCAAAAUCAUCGAAGGUGGAGGAGGUGGUUUGCAAUCGCGCUUCAAAUCACUCGAAGCAACAUAUUAAUUUACCGUACCCUUUGUUUCGUUGUUGAUAUACAGUCUUAAGUCUUCAAUUUCCCAAGCCUUUUCCGUUCUAUGUCUGCAUCUGCGUUCGUACGAAACGGGAAUAUCAUCUAUGUAACUAUUUAUACGGUGAGGAAGAAGCAAGAGGCACGCAAUAAUAAUGCAUACGACGACGCCUCUAACACCCCUACACAGCGUACAUUUAAUUAGCAAAAUGAAACGACGAACCCCCCCACAAACACACACAUACACGUGGUGAACUAAUAGAAAUAGAGAAAAAGAGAGAGAAAAGAAGGAAGAAAAAAACGUGACGUAUAAAUGCAAGCAUCUACUACAUGUAUUGAUAACACAAAUAGUCAUAAUCUAUAUGGCUGGCCCUAUAUACAGAAGAGCGAGUAAUAUUACCUAAAAUCACGAAACUAUACAAGCAAGCACUUAAUAGAAGGAAGAAACAAGAAGAAAGAAAAGAAACAAACGCAAAUAUAAAUAAUAUAAAGCAACACAUUCACACUCUCUCCUCUCUCUCUCUCUCUGGAAUGGGGGUUUUCCGUUGGGGUAGACGGGGUGGGAGAAAAAGGAGUGUGCGGGUGUAGGGGAGGGCGUACGCAGAUAUUCAUAUUUUAUACACACACAAAACCGGAAACAAAACCCGAUCAACAAACCAACAAAAUCCCCCUUUCCCUGGAGAUGGUAUUGUAGAUGAGGAGAACAUAACAACCCCGCAAUCAAUCGCAAUCAUAAAACCAAAAUACAGUCAAAGUACAGUGGGCGUGUGUGCUAGGAAGUCGGAAGAACACACAUACGGAUGGAAAAAAACACGAAAAGAAAGCAAAACAACACUAAAAGGAAAAAAACACUAAAAGAAAGGAAGAAAACACUAAACGAAAGGAAAAAAAAACACUAAAAGAAAGGAAAAAACACUAAAGAAAGGAAACAACACUAAAAGAAAGGAAAAAUAUCACUUAACGUCUUUACAAGGGAGAUAGUAUGUGUGUCUCUGGAAGAAGAAAAAAUCUCUUGAAAGCAGUUGGAACCAGUAAAACAAACGAUCGAACGGAGGAUGUAUCGUUGUGAGCCCGUUUACUGAUAAUAUGAUCACUUUAACUGUUGCGGUAACUUAGAUAUGUGUAAUUUGUUUUGUGUGUGUGCGUGCGUGUGUGAAUAUUUUGUAAGUGUGCAUUGAUGAUAGUAGCAAUCGUCUGGCGCAAAGCAUUGGUUUACAUCUCCAAUCAUGCACAAAUGCACAUAAUACCAUCAUCAUCAUCACGACCAACAACCACCAACAGCAACCGGACGGCACGGACGCUGAUAGGAAGCGGUAAGGAGGGCAAAUGUGUUACAGAAUUGUCCGCCAUCGAACACAUACCAAAACUGCAAUUGCACACAGACGGCCGGGACACAAUCUGGGGUGGUUUAGGUAAUUGCGCUAAAGUUGACGAACCAAACCUCUUCUAACCCUUCUAACCACGUGGCGGCAUAUUCGAAACACCGUACUGAAGGGAUCCGCAACAACCAGUAAGGAGCAGUAAGAGCGGGGGAUUUACAAUCUUAAGGAUCGAACGAACGAUAGCCAUCGCAUGCAAAACAAACGCGCCCCUCUUGGUAGUAUAACACGAGCGAGCAAGUGAGAGAGAGGGAGAGAGAGAGUAAUGUGAAAAGAAGAAGAAGAAAAAAAAACGAAAAACUAAACAAAACCGACGAAAAGUCCAGUUAAAAAAAAACAAAAAAAAAACAGAAAUAGAAAUUAAAGCUAAAGCAACAUAACUGUGAAGAAUGAUGCAUGAAGAGAGAGAGAGAAAAAAUAAAA